GCUCUGGCUCUGGCUGCCGGUCGGGGCAGACCCAACGGAUUUUAAUUUGUAUACACACGCUGACACACACAUCACCCACCACAUCCACAUGUGAACUAAGCUCUAUAAGUUGCACCACCGGCCGAUCUGCUUCUCCCCACAUGUGCACGAGAGAGGAUACGCGAGUGGAAUCAAAAGUUAAGAAGUUGAGUUGAGGGAGGCGAUGAGGAUGCGGCGGUGGUGCGCGAACGCGAGGGAGCUGGUCGUCGCCGGCGGCGAGGGGCCCACGGUGGUGCUCGCGCACGGCUACGGCAUGGACCAGGCGUCCUGGGACAAGAUACUGCCCUCCAUCACCAAAGCAAACAAGGUGGUCCUCUUCGACUGGGACUUCACCGCCGGCGCGGAGGGCGACGACGAGGCGAGGUACACGUUCGGGCGGUUCGCCGACGACCUGAUAGCGCUGAUGGACGAGAGGGAGGUCAGCGGCGCGGUGCUGGUGGGGCACUCCAUGUCGGCCAUGGUCGGCUGCAUCGCCGCCGCCCGGCGACCCGACCUCUUCGCCCACCUCCUCCUCCUCUGCGCCUCCCCAAGGUACAUUAACUCGGAGGAGGAGGGGUACGUCGGCGGCUUCGAUGAGGCGUCCAUCCACGCCAUGUUGGGGGCCAUGGAGUCCGACUUCCAAGCCUGGGUCAAGGGCUUCGUCCCCAACGCCACCGGUGGCGCUGCCAAUGACAUGGCAGCCGCAACCGUCGAGCCCCUGGAGCGGAGCUUCCUGGCCAUGGACCCGGCAGUGGCUCUCGGGAUGGCCAGGAUGAUCUUCCUCGGCGACCAGCGCCCGGCCCUCGACGCCGUGCCCACGCCGUGCACCAUCGCCGCGGUGCGUCACGACUUCGCCGCACCCCCGGUCGUGGCCGAGUACAUGGAGCGGAGAAUGACGAACGCCGCCGUGGAGAUCAUCGAGUCUGUUGGGCACUUCCCUCAGCUCGUGGCGCCACAACGGGUGGCAGACAUGCUUGACAACGUGCUGCUACGGCUGCGCCAUGAGGUGGCCUCACACGUCCAGGACGGCGUGGAGGAGGGAGACGCACAUGUGCCCGUCACUGCCGACGUGGAGAUCGAUGGUGCCAUCGACGUGACAACAUAGAUAGGGUCCAAAGAAGAUGUGUACUGAGCGAGAUCGAUGUUGGCUUUUGGUGAUGUGGUAGGUUGUACAUCUACGAAUUGUGGGGAGACUCAUGAUUUCUAAAAUUUCAUUAGCUCGUGAAUAAAUAAAUAUUGUGUGCUUGUAAUUUGGGUUAA